AUAUUACGUUUCAUCCAAGUAACAAGUAAUACAUUCUAGUCAAAGUCAAAGCUGUAUUUGUACGUUCACUUGAAUAGACGCGCUUUAGUGCUGUCGCUCUCAGCCUGUGAAUCGAAUGUAAUAUAUGACCUACUUGACUGUGUAGAAAGCAUAUAAUUAAAAAAAUUCACUUUCUAAUUAAAUUUUGUCGGUUGUAGACGAAUUUUACAAGUCUUUCAAAUCUUCUGAAUCGAAUUCAGCUAGUUCAGUGUUUUAAAGGUUAUUCCACAUCGUCAAAUAUGUCUUGCCCUUUUCUAACAAGGCUUAGCAAAAAUUACGUAAAGAAUUAUGCUCCGAUUUUGCUAAAAAUGUAUGGCAGUCAAUGCCCUGUUAUCUCACGGAAUUUGAAUGAUAUGACUAAGAAAGAGCUAGCUACCCAAGUACAAGAUUUUAAGGAUGAAGCAAAAAAUUCUUGUCCUUUUCUAAAUGAAGUGGCAACUGUAAUUGUAGAAGUUCCGCAGGAUGAGAAUAUUGUUGAGUCAAAUAUUGAGAACAAAGUCAAGGAAAGUGAAAAUAUUUUUGCUUAUGAUCAGUUCUUCCACCAACAAAUAAUGAAAAAGAAACGUGAACAUUCUUAUAGAAUUUUUAAAAAAGUUAAUAGACUUGCGGGACCAGGUCAAUUUCCUCGUGCUAUGGAGUAUUCAUGGGGUGAAAAACCUAUAACCGUAUGGUGUUCAAAUGAUUACCUCGGCAUGUCUUGCCAUCCUGAAGUUAAAGACGCUGUUCGUGAUGCUUUAGAGAAAUAUGGUACAGGUGCUGGCGGGACAAGAAAUAUCUCGGGAAAUUCUACUUUGCAUGAGAAGCUUGAAAAAACACUUGCAGAUGUACAUCAGAAAGAGGCAGCAUUACUUUUUACGUCUUGCUUUGUUGCCAAUGAUUCUACAUUAUUUACUUUAGCUAAAGCAUUGCCAGGUUGCCACAUAUUUUCUGAUGCUGGUAACCAUGCUUCAAUGAUCCAGGGGAUAAGAAACAGUCAUGUUCCUAAACAUAUUUUCCGACACAAUGAUCCUGGUCAUUUAGAAGAACUACUGAAAUGUGUUGAUACAAAAAUUCCAAAGAUCGUUGCAUUUGAAACUGUUCAUUCUAUGUCAGGCGCCGUAUGUCCUUUGGAGGAAUUAUGUGACAUUGCUCAUAAAUAUGGUGCUUUAACAUUUGUCGAUGAAGUGCACGCAGUUGGGUUGUAUGGUGAACAUGGCGCUGGAAUUGGUGAAAGGGAACAUGUUCUCCAUAAAAUGGAUAUGAUUUCAGGUACCUUAGGCAAAGCCUAUGGUAACAUUGGUGGAUAUGUAGCAUCUUCAGCUUCGUUGAUUGAUAUGGUGCGUUCCUACGCUGCUGGUUUUAUAUUUACAACGUCCUUGCCUCCGACUGUCUUGGCAGGCGCCUGUAAAGCUGUGGAAAUCUUAGCUUCGGAUGAAGGCAGAAAAUUGAGAGAAAAACAUCAAUCAAAUGUAAAAUAUCUCAGGAACACUUUGCUUUGCAAUGGCUUCCCGGUGGAACAUACUCCAAGUCAUAUUAUUCCAAUAAAAAUCGGAAACCCUGUUCAGUGUGGUGCUGUUUGUGAUACAUUACUGAAAGAAAAAGGGCAUUAUAUACAAGCCAUUAAUUACCCCACUGUUGCAAGAGGAGAGGAAAAAUUGCGCUUGGCUCCAACACCACAUCAUACUAAGGAGCUUAUGGAUACAUUGGUAAACGACUUGAAGGAUGUAUGGAAAGAGUUGAAACUGCCGUUCACUGGUUUACAGUGUGGCAAGGAAUGUCAGUUUUGUCAUCAGCCAAUACUGUUUGAUUUUUACGAAUCGAGGCAGAAUCGACUCUGUGCAAGAGAUAUUCGGUGUAACAUUCCCAACUGCCCUCAAAUGAUUGCCAUUACAGCAUAAACAUGUUAUUACGUAUAUCUAGGUGUUGGUAAAACAGGGGCUUUAAAAAUGAUAUUGUAAAAGGGUUGUAAUUUUGUUGUUGCCUAAUCAUCACAGUAUGGAAAUCUUUUAUCUGAGAUAAAUUAUUUUAGCACAGUUUUAUUUUUCUAUAUUUAUUGUUUUAUAAAAAUUUGCUUAAUAUAUGUAUACAAUGUAUUUCAAAUAUAAUUGA